AUGGCAGGGCUGAAGGAAACUGACCUUUGGAUACAUCGAGAAAUGAAACCAGAAGAAGUGAAGUUGCAGAUGGUGCGUGAGUGGGUUUGGUUGGAUUCCGAGCAAGAUUGUCCCAAUGACUCUGAAUUGAGCAAUGACUGCAGGUCCCUCUUCAGCUCAUGGGACUCUAGUCUGGAUCUUGAUGUGGGCAGCUGGAGGGAAACUGAGGAACAAGGGGCUGAGGAACUAGAUGAAAGCAGCCCGGGAAGAGAACCUAGUGAGCUGCUUGUGGGGGAUGGAUGCAGUGAGGAAUCUCAGGAAGAGCCAGAGCAAGUCAGCCGCCAGAACCUCCUUCACUUUCUCUCUGAGGGGGAGGCUCAGCAAGUAUCCAAAGAGGAAGAUUGGGGUGAAGGGUAUGUGUCUGAGGUGGAAGACCAGCACCCUUUAGGUGAGUGUGAUGAUGGCUUCAGCAUUCAGGAAACUCCCCUGGUGGAUAUCCUUUUCAGCCGUGCCACCUCCUCAAAUCUGUCUGACCUUAGCCAUGGUGACCCUGUUCAGGAUCAUUUGCUAUUUAAGAAGACUCUCCUGCCAGUCUGGAAGAUGAUUGCCAGUCACAGGUUCAGCAGUCCAUUUCUGAAGCCUGUGUCAGAUAGGCAGGCUCCUGGGUACAAGGAUGUGGUGAAAAGACCCAUGGACUUAACUAGCCUGAAGAGGAAUCUAUCUAAAGGACGGAUUCGCACCAUGGCCCAGUUCCAGCGGGACCUGAUGCUAAUGUUCCAAAAUGCUAUGAUGUACAAUGACUCUGACCAUCAUGUGUACCACAUGGCUGUGGAGAUGCAGCGAGAAGUCUUGGAGCAGAUUCAGGUGCUGAGUAUUUGGUUAGACAAAAGAAGAGACUUAAACAGUCUGGAUUGAGAACCACCCAACCCAGUGGAUGAUGGAAAACCUGUUUUGUUAACCUGGAGCUGCUACCCUGACUUUUCUGGAGUUUGGACCUCUCCUUGAGAUUCUGACCCAGAGAAGAUUACAGUACUUGUUUACUACUUUUCUGUUGUCUUUUCUAAAAGAGUAAUUCCCCAGCUUACCACCAAGGAGAAAAGGGGGAAGCUGAGAUGGGUUUUAUGCCACAAAUGUUGCACACAUUUUUGUUCCACAGGUUUAAUUUAGAGGUGACUUGAUUAAACCUCUUAUUACUGAGCUAUAAAUAAAUGUUA